ACGCUCUUGUCUAAACUCGCCUGGGCAGGACGGAGUGUAAGGAAGUGAUCCAUGUCUCCUCCUUCGUGAACACGAGGGCGACACGCCCCAGGACAGCGAAGCACCUUUCUGCUCCAGAAAGAAUUCGUGGAAAGCGUUGUAAGCCAUGUCCUCACUAAGUGAUAAGUCUGAUAAGGAGAUCGGCCAGCUGCUGGAUGAGUAUGGUAUCAAACAUGGACCCAUAGUAGUUUCCACACGGAAGCUCUAUGAGAAGAAACUGAAAGAUGUCAUGGCCAAAAAUACUAAGCCAUCCUCGUCUGACAAGACAUACUACAGAGAAGAACAGGAGGAAGUCGAAUAUGUUACCUAUCAUCAACAAGCUACAAGACAUGAUGGAUUUGGUGAUAUCACAAGGAGGUCAAAGGUCGCUGAGGCAGAUUUCUCCCAUGACACACGGAGUUCGCAGUUUACUGGCUAUAGAGAUGACGUAGACACUACCUAUGAGCCCAUUGUCAGCCAAACUCGGACAACCUAUCAGAGUUCUUCUCGCCCAGGCCCAUCAGUUUCCAAAUCCAGCCAGCAUGGUGCCAGCCCAGAGACAAACAAAUCUGGGGGUGUGCCAGGGUGGCUUCAUGUCCUGGUGUUUCUAAUCAUGGUCAUAUUUCUUUAUUAUGUGUACUCCUAUAUGGAGCCUGCAGAAGAGGGACCCUUUAAAAAGGUUCAGUAAAAGGUUUUAGAUAUGUUCAUGAUCCCUUACCAAAACUGAUUCAGUUAAAGAACAACAAAAAUGUGGCCUUGGUGAAAGGUAUUGAUAAUUUGUAACAUUGUUUAUGAGGUCCUGUGUCUUUUUAUAUUGCAUUAGCAUAUUUGAUACCAGUUGUACAACCAUGAACUUAAAAAAUCUGCAAUUUGAAGCUUUAAUUUCAAAUAUUUGCAAUGCAUGUUUUAAUGACCCAACAGGAACAAAUGUAAAAGUGUGAUGGAAUUUUUUUUUAGCUUUUUUAUGAAAGAGAAAAUUAAUUUUAAAUGUAUUUAAUUGGGGGUAUUUAUCACAAUUCGGUUUUAUAAGUGUACUUUAAAGCUUAUUAAAAACUGAACAUACAGUGCUUAUUAUGCAGUGGCAAUAUGUUUACUACAUAUAUUCAUGGGUUAUUCUAUAAAGCACAAUUUUUUUACAAGCUGAUUUGUAUUCACUAUUUUCUUAGUAUGCUGAAAAUGUUAAGGAUACAAAGUUUCAUUAAACAUUUUUAAUAAAAUUUCA